AUGGCGCCGAGCUCUCUUCGUUCCUGGUGGCGUCCGCUGCGGCGUUCUCAACCUCCGAGUCACGAUGCUGGUAUAUUACUCCCCACUGAAGCCGCUCCUCCAGUUGCUCUGGAUACAGUUGCCCCUACACGGGCUUCAGCCUACCGCUUAGAUCCUACCGAGGCCAAGAAGCAGAUUGAUCGCAUCCCUCGUUUUCGCAUUCUUAUCAUGGGCAGAGCAAAUGCGGGUAAAACAACUGCUUUACAGCGGGUCUGUAACACUACGGAUCAGCCUGAGAUCUUCGAUGGAAACGGAGAGAAGGUACGUGGGGCUCACAUCAAACUUAUGCAGCGUGGCUACCAUAACGUUGAGGAUGAGCUGGUGUUUAAAAGUAACCCGCGCUUUGUGUUCUACGACUCAUGUGGAUUCGAGGCAGGGAGCGAGGCAGAGCUUGAUAAAAUGAAGAAAUUCGUCACAGACCAUGCCAAAGCCACCAAACUGCGCAGGAGAAUAUAUGCAAUUUGGUAUUGCAUCCCUUUGAAUGAAAACCAUAGGAUGGUAACAGCAGCUGAAAAGAAGUUUUUUAAUGAGUGUGAUUCAGGGCAUGUUCCUGUGAUUGUGUUACUAACAAAGGCAGAUGCCUUAAAUCUUGAUGCAAUUGAUGAGCUGAUGGAAAGGGGUUUUACUGAAGAUGAUGCAAUGAAAGAGGCACCAGAGCUGCAAAAGGGCUGUCUGGAAAAGGUUAAAGGUUGGCUGAAUGAACUGAAGUUUCCACCUCAAAGCUACCUGAUGCUUGCUGGCAUGGAACAGGAGAGUGUAGAUUGUAAAGAGCUAUUGAAAUGCACAGCAAAUGCUUUGACAGAGGAAGGGCUGCAAGGAUUGCUUAUAUCAUCACAGUGGUCAAACUUGGGACUCUGCAUGGAAUUUGCCAUAAUGAAGUGA